AUCGUGUCGCAUGCAACUCGUCGCUCCUGUGCGUCCUCGCCUUGCUGACGAUCGUCACGAUCGAACGCGAAUAACUCCAUCUGUGAGUCACGACACAUAGUGGAACGUUCGGUGUCAGUUGUAUACUGAGAGAAUUCGUGAGAGAUGGUGCUGAACGGGAAAUAUUGAGAUUCUGCCGAAUAGUUUCUCUGCUGUUCGUGGGGAUUCGCGGAUACGCAAGCGAUAUUGUAUUUGAGUAAUUUUGUCUGGAAGUUGCGCUUGAAAUCCUGUGAAAAGUGAUUGAAGGUUUCAUUGAGAUGUGUUGAUAUUUCCAUUGUGCCUCAUAAUGGAAUCAGGAGACAAGUUGCUCCCUUCACGGGGACUGAAGCAAGUAAAAGUAGAUAAUUGGGGGACAUUCUUCCUCCAGAGACUUCAGCAAAUUUAUGCGGAUGAAGAAUUGUUUGAUCUUAAAAUUAGAUUUCCUACAAGUGAGAUCACUGUACAGGCACACCGACUUGUAGUAUCAGUAUGUACAGACUAUUUUGUAAAGUUGGAAAAUCAGCAGAAAGAAAAAAAUGAGAAUUAUGAUGGUAUAAUUAUUAUGCCUUCAGACAUGCCUUAUGAAUGUGUUAAGUCUAUCAUAAGCUUUAUGUAUACUGGACAAUUGGAAUACUGGACAUCAGAACAACAUGCUUUAUAUCGUACUGCGCAAAAGAUGAACAUGACAGUGCUGACAAAAUUACUUGACGCUCAAUUUAAUACAAGCACAUUACAAAAUGAGCCGACAAAGACUGUGCGUCCAGUUGCAGCUGUGUCGAAGCCUUCAAUAUCACCAGCAAAAGUCACCACUAGCUCAACAUCAAGCACCUUGCCUGAGCAGCCAUUACCAGGUAGAAAACUCCCAAUUUGGAAAAGAAAGAUAGAGGAAUCUCCUGCAACAAAUUACGAAUUACGAACAUUCCAUAGCACACCCUCGCUCAGUAGACCUAUGGAAACAACUCCAGGUCCAUCCAGAUUCGAUCUUCCGGAAGCAGACGAGAUCGCUCUCGGGGUGUUCUCCUCAUUCGAUGAUAUCACAUACAAUACAAAGCCUAUCGUUCAAGCAUCCGAUAUAUAUAAGACAGGAAGUUCCUUCCGCAAACGUUCACCGGACAGGGACAGUAAAAACGACACGACUGAGGAUGAGGACGAUGACAGUCCAGGAAACGAUAAGGGUCUAAGAGACACAAAUUCGGAUGAUGAUUGGAGCAUAUCGAAGUCUUUCUCGAGAUCUCAAGAUGGGUCAGCUAAAAAGGUGCGCUUCGACCUAGAAGAAAAAGAAAAUUUGGAGAAGCCUAAGUCGAACACUCGGCCAAGUUCUGAAGAUUCCAUUAACAAUCAUGCAAAGAUUAUCAGAGAGGUGUUGAAGAAGUACCCGCAUCUUGUGAAAAACAACAAAAACAUUCGCCUGAAGAUCAUGCAGAAGGAGGCGAAGUCCUCCGACAGCAAUGCCGCGUGCAAGACAAAGGUAUCGUAUGUGGUGCUCAAGUCUGAUCAUUUGCUGUCCAGCAACAACGGUGACGAGAACGAAUCCAAGUGCAACGGCAGUAUCGACGGCAACGAAACGGGUCCGUGGAAGUGCAACAAGUGCGACUUGGAGGAGGAGUAUACAAAUUAUUACAUGUACAGAAGGCACAUGCAGGAUGUACACGAAGAGAAGUUCGAUCCACGAGUUUGCGAGCAUUGUGGCUACAAGGCGACCAAACGCAACAUUCUCAUGUAUCAUUUAUAUACCAAGCAUAAUGUACCUCCGCCUAAGAGCUUGUGUUUCCCGAAGUGCCAAUCUUGCUCAUACGUCGCCCUGUCGGAGAACUUGUUGGUGCGGCACCAGAUCAACCACAAUCACAGACCCUCUACGCGGCAUCACCCACUGCCUGCGGAAGACGUCCAAUGCGGCCAAUGCAACCAGUCGUUCAGGACUAUCACCGAACUCACGACUCACCAGCUGAGUACCGGCCACGACGGUGUGACAGACAACAAGGAGAAGGGCCAUCGUUGCCCGUAUUGCGGUAAGAUGUUCGUACUGAUAACGAACUUGCAGGUACAUUUGGACUGCAAUCACAAGGAGAUGCGGGACACAGAGUCCACCACGUCCGCGCCGCCGAUAUCCUUGGAACCGUCGUCCGAGGCGGAGGCGCUCAGCCAUGUCGCCAGCGGAAUAGCCGCCUCCCUCGGCGUGGGAGACACGGUUACAGCCGAGGUGCAAGAGAGCAGCUCCAACAACCAAUACAUCGUUCCGGACAUGCAGCUGGAAAACAUAACACAUAAUAUUAACUACAACGAGCACAAACUCGAGGGUCAGCACAUGAUCAUGCUGGUGGACAACGAGAAUUACCAGCACGUCGAGAACGAUCACCAGCAACAGCAGCCGCAGCAACUCGACAUCGCCGACAAUGAGCAGAUAGUGAUGCAGGGUACCGAAGAUGGAAUGAUCGUAUACAUUCACGGCGCGAAGGAUUCGGAGCGACGCACUUACGACAGUUAUCAGUCCGAUGAUGUUUCGCAGGAAGAAACCGAGGAGAUAGUGGAGGAGGUAGUCGAGGAGGUCGAGGAGGAAGUCAUGGAGGAAGAGGAGAUACAGGAAAUCCCUCAGGACAUGUUGGAGGAGUGUGGUGAUAAUCAGGUGGAGGAGGUGAUACAGUACGUCGAGGAGCAGACGGAAAUAGUGGAGUACGACGAGGAGCAGUGUAGCGAACAGAGCAACACUACGGGCGAGACUCAUGAAUCCGUCAUGAUCAUUGAGGAGGAACAUGUCGAAGGGGAAGAGGACAUUGACAAGUCUGCGAGCAAGCGACGCAAAAAGGUGCGGAGCUUCGCCACUGAUUGGGACGAGGACAGUAUGAGCAUGACGGAGUCAUGAAUGUCGUAAUGUCGGAUCUUUCGUUUGCUUGCAAUAUGUUAUUAACUUUUACGAUGGCUACGAUUUUAAUGAAACACAUUAAUAGCUUUCAGUAAAUUUUCUUUUUACAUCUAAUCUGUGCGGAGAGUAUAUUUGUUCAUUAGCGAGAAUUAGUGACGGAUGGUCGACGUAUCGGUCUACGUCGUGAAGAGUUUAGCGGUAAGGCAAGAAGAUUUAAAAAUUAAUCAAAUCAUUAAUUACAUUUAUUAAUAAGCCACAGGGAAUAAAGGUACCGAUAUCAAAGAUA